GGUCUCCUCGUCUUUCCGGGUGUUGGAUAUCGGAGAUUCAACAGAGAAGGUUCAGCUAGGAGAUCCAUAUCCCAACAUAAUCCCCAACUUCAACUUCAAUUUCAACUUCAACUUCAACAAUAGACGCAGCUGGAUAUAAUUUCGCCGGCGAAUUCCAAUGGCGGUGGCGCUACCAAUAUUUUCACUAUCAUCCACCGUUCGAGCUUCCUCUGUCGACACUGAACAGCGCCUCCCUUACAACCGCCAGCGCACUUAUCCGAAGAAGCCAGAACCUCUGACGGCGGCAUCGCCUUCAACUUCACCCAAAAAAACCACGAAAAUAUCCAUUUCAGAUCUCCUCAAUCGCAACAUCUCAAGAUCCACUACUCAAGGUGAAUCUAGUGAAUCAUAUUUGGGGUAUGAAACGUGGACUCCCAAACCACCUAGAGUGGAGAAGCCCCGUUCUGCUUUCAAUCCGGCAUCGCUAGCUUACUUAGGCGACUGCAUUUAUGAGCUCUAUGCUCGCAGGCACUUUUUGUUUCCCCCACUAAAUAUUGAAGAAUAUAAUGACCGGGUGAUGGCUGUAGUACGUUGUGAGGCCCAGGAUGCAAUGCUUCAAAAACUUACGAGUGAUAACUUCUUAUCACCAGAGGAGAGGGAAGUGCUGCGUUGGGGGAAAAAUAUUGGUUCCUCCAAAACAAGGACGAAGAAGAGAGCAGGUGUGGCAGUUUACAACAGAGCAUCUUCAUUGGAGACACUUGUAGGUUACUUGUAUCUUACAAAUGUUCAACGGCUAGAUGAGAUCAUGGAAAGAAUAGGCUUUUCCACUGAUACUUCUACCGACUUAGAACAAGGGAAAGGAAAUGUUAACAACAACACCGAUCUUCCCAAGAUAUGACUAACCCAUGAAAGGAACUCCAGCGAGGCGUUACCAUUCUAUUCUUCACGCAUCAUGUUCUCCAAGUGAAUUCCAGUUGCUCCUCGCAGAUUGCUCGUUGCAACGUGUAAAACGAAAGGUCCCUUGCAUCAAAAGGCCAAUUAAAGAGAGCAAGUAAAGACUGUAACUGGGCCGGAAUUCUUGGUCGGGUACUUCAUUACAGGUUAAAAAGUUUAUUACUAUGUCACAUGGUCGAUUGAGCUUUUCGUCAAUUGCUUUCUGGAACUUUUCAUACAUUGACAUCGACUGCUUUGUAUAUAUAUCGAGAUGAUUUGUAACCUUGCUCUAGCAUGAUCCACACGACAUGUGCUAGGCAACAUGAGUCUUAAAUUCACCUUCUGUCUGUAUCUAUACUCUUUUACAGACUUCUUGCUA